AUGUACAUGCCGGAAUGUAUGAGUGUAGCUGCGGGCACGAGACGCCUUCACAGGGCGAAGCAGACUGGGUCAACUAGAAUUGACUUUAUUGCCCAAAUAUGUACUGGAGCGGUAGACCAGAUUUUCAUUUACACUCGUUUCGCGUCUGAACUUAGAAGGUUAAAGCGAGUGUCAGGGCUUUGCCUUUUCCUAAAGGACUUCCUUCCAAUCUUGUUUGUCGUGUCCCUCGCCGACGUGGUCGUAGCCGCGCGCUGGGGCUUUGCCUUCUUGCCUGCAAAGGAGCAAGUUGCUGCUUGGAGUUUUGACAGCAGUUUAACUAAGUCUCUGCCUGCGGCGAAGGCGCCGGCCUUCGUGCGGAGCCCGGAGACCAUGCGGCCUUCGCCCACGCUCUUGGUGCUUGCUGCGGUGGCGGUCUUGGCGACAGCUCACGCGCAGCAAGCCAACGGUCCAACCGUGAUUCCUCAGAAGAAGGCGCUGCCCCAAGGCUUUCGCAUCACUUGCUUUGAUGGGUAUGAAUUGAUCUUCACAAAUGAUAACUACACGAACGGCGUCUUUGUCGCAGCGGACGCGUACAAGUACCCUGUAGGACAGUGUAGGAAGUGCCCUGCAGGCACCGCAACCAUGGACGGUUUCCGUUGCAUUCCAUGCCCUUCUGGCUACUAUUCUGAAAGUGGGGCGCGCGAGUGUACGGCCUGCCCAGCUGGUACCGUCGCCAAGUCGACCGCACCUAGUGCCGGCACCACCUAUUACCAGGUUCAGAAGCUGAACAGCGGCGCAAGCUCUUGCAAAAGUUGUCCUCCUGGAUAUUUCCAGCCAAAUUUGGCCGGCACUGUUUGUAUCCCCUGUCCCAGCGGCUUUGUGUCCGGUGAAGGCGCAACCAGCUGCACUCCUUGCAAUGAGGGCUCUUUCCAUGGCGACGGGCGGCAGCUGACUCAAGCCACGGGCUACUUUAACUAUGGCAUGACCGCUACAGAUGACACAGUCGUAGGAUAUGAGGCUUCAAAUGCACAGAUCAGUGCUGUUUCGGGCAUAGCAACUUCCAGUGGUUUGCCUGAUUACGUGGCCAUUCCAAACACCUGCAUUAAGUGCCCUAGGAAUACAUACCAGCCUCUGAAGGCGCAAGCCGCAACAACGACCACUGGCGACGCUGCUUUGAGCGCUUGCAGCUACUUUGACGGAACAAGCGCGCGCACCGACACCGGUGGUCUCCAGUUCAAUGACGCUAACGACUAUGCUACCGGUACUGGCAACGGCUGCUUUAACUGCCCUAAGGGUACUUUUGCGCCAAGCCCUGGCUCCAGCGUUUGCCAGCCCUGCCCUGCGGGCACCUUCGCAAAUGCUACUGGAUCGAUUGCAUGCACCCGAUGCCCGGCUGGCACGAACAGCUUGUACGGCACCCGUUCGCAACAGCUUGGCUGGACCGCAACCCCAGCGGCUUCGUACAAGACGUACACGUUUACCUUCUUCGACAAAGCGGACAACACGUACAAGUUGCUGCGCACCGGUACUGAUACAAACUUCUGGCUGGCUGCCAAGGGCGAAACCUGCUCGGACAACCUACCUGGUUACUACACUGAUGUUGAUGGCCUUGGCAUUCAGCUGCCAUGUCGCCCGGGCACGUUCUUGGCUGCGGGCGCUUCUGACAAGACGACAUGCGUGACUUGCGCUGUGGGUACUUUUAACGAGGACUUCACGCAACCUGUCUGCAAGGCUUGCUGGCCUGGAUCUUUUGCCAGCCAGCGCGGCAUGACAUUCUGCGAGAUCACGCAGCCGGGCUACUACACAAACCCCGACACACCCGCUGCCAACGCUACUGUCGACCUUACUGUUCUUACUACAACUGAGGCGUCUGGACUGCCCAACUACGAGAAGAACACGUGUCUUCCAUGUGCCAUCGGCACAUAUGCUGAUGUCACCGCUUUGGCGACUUGCAAGAACUGCCAGGCCGGAAGGUUUCAAGACUCAAUUGGCCAGGCGACUUGCAAGCAGUGCGACAUUGGCUACUACUCCAAUUAUGGGGCCUCGAGCUGUGUCCAAUGCCCAGCGGGUUCUAUUACUCCGAAGCCCGGCACAUCUCGCUGCACGAAGUGUGCGCCUGGGUUCUAUGCCGAUAAGAGCAUUGCCGCCACAUCAUGCCGGGCCUGUCCCCGCGGUUACUUCGGCCCUUACCCUGCUGCCUAUUCCAACGACGGAUUCCUUCCAGAAGGCCCACGUGGCUGCUUUAAGUGCCCGUACGACACGUACGCGGAUCGUCCUGGCAUGACGGUCUGCACUACAUGCCCAGCUCUGGAUCUUGGCGGCGGCACCACUGUGCCCACCUGUACUGAGACGCCAGGCUCCCAGCGCUGCAAGCCCUGCUCACUUCUCGUUAUCACCACCACAACUCGCAACACAUACGAGCAGGCCGAGGAGCGUGAGCUCAUGCAGCUGCUGGCCCAGGAGGGCGAGGAGCAGCAGCAGCAACAACAGUUGAUGGCCAUGUUCAUGAUCCGGCGCAUGCGCCUGUGA